GAACACAGAUCCCCUCCCCUCUGAAAACUAAAACUUCUUGCAGUUCCGUGUUUCUGUGAUCUGUGUUAGGAACAUGGCGUUUUCUCUCCUUCUGUGCCUGGAGUUCUCGGUUUACGCAGCGGCGUUUAUUUGUGGUAUUGUCAGCGCUGCUCUAGUCACAGUUACCCAGGGCGCGUUUAACUCCGGCUGUAUCCUCUACGGUGAGACCAAGUACAACUCGACCGCCAGAUCCCUGGACGUGGAGCACUUCGGCAGCGUCACCCUCUGUAGCUUUGUCAGUGCCGUCUCUGUGGGCAUCGUCAUCUACUGUUUUUGCACCGUCUUCUACUUCAUCUAUGCCAGCUGCAUCGAGGAAGCAAACAGGUGGGUGUGGGUGCGAAGGUGCCCGCUUGGCAGUGUCCGAUGUGCCCCUCCUCAGCUGUAA